GCCCAGCAGUUUCCAUCGUUGCAAACGACCUAAGCGCAUACAACCUUGUACUAUAUAUCCCAAAAACCCUACUUCGCCCUCGCCUUCCCAUCUGGAGUUCCUGCGGCGCUGCAAAUCUCUGCCAAUUCUCACCGGAAGUCGAAAGAGGAAAUCGAAAAUGAGCCGCGGAGCAGCAGGAGGUGCCGCCGGCGCCAAGGGCAAGAAGAAGGGAGUCACCUUCACCAUCGACUGCGGUAAGCCCGUCGAGGACAAGAUCAUGGACAUCGCCUCCCUCGAGAAGUUCCUCCAGGAGCGCAUCAAGGUCGGCGGCAAGGCCGGAGCACUCGGCGACGCCGUCGUCAUCACUCGCGAGAAGUCCAAGAUCACCGUUACCUCCGAUUCCAACUUCUCCAAGAGGUACCUGAAGUACUUGACGAAGAAGUAUUUGAAGAAGCACAAUGUCAGGGAUUGGCUUCGUGUGAUUGCUUCCAACAAGGACCGUUCCAUCUACGAGCUGAGAUACUUCAACAUCGCCGAGAAUGAAGGCGAGGAGGAGGAUUGAGCGUCUCUCUGUAAUCCUUUCUGCCCAAUCGAGAAUCUUAGUUUUUGAUUUGCAUUUAGGGUUUAUGUGAAAGUCUUGAAAUUUGUGAGUUUUGCAGAGUUUCUACCAGUAAAACAGUUUGCAUUGGUUGACGAUUUUGUGUUGAGAACCAUGAAUUUCUUCAAUGAUGUGCCUUUCUCUGUUUACUGAAGUUUAUGUUUCUAAUAUAGUAUCAGCAGUAAGCACGCUUACAUUAGCUUUCGCUGAUUUUCGCUGUAGCUGGUAUUGCUACCGGAUACAAAUGAAUGUCAUCUACCCAUGCAUUGUCUCGAGUAAUGACCCUACUUUGAUUGCAUUUCCAUACAGCACUGCAACACUUGAACCCACUCCCAAAAGCUAUUUGCCAAACAUGGUCACCUUUCCGCAUCUUCCCUUUAGCUUCGACAUAGCUUAACUCAUACCAUAUAGAAGAUGAUGAAGUGUUUCCAAAUCUGUAGAGUGUCAUCUUGGAAGGUUCUACAUCCUCAUCGUUCAGCUUUAGGUUUUUCUGUAUAGCUUGAAUAACUGCUUUGCCACCAGCAUGUAUGCAGAAGUGUUGAAAUGCCCUUUUGAACUUGGGCACAUAUAUGCUUCCCUUUCUUCCAAUUAGUGACACCAGAUAGCGUAGUUGCUCUGAAUGUGGCAGCACCAUUGGUCCUAGUGUUGCAACAUUUGCCUUUAGUGCCCCUCCAGCUACAUGUAAUAUCUCUUUCGAUAUGGACACUCCUAGUUUCUUAUCAUCAUCCACAUCUUGAAAAACACAGCUAUAAGAGUUGUCAUCCUUUCCUCUAUGUGUUCGAACUAGAUGUUGGAGUUCAUACUUUGUUAUCCCCUGGUCUUGCUUUCUAUUAGACAUAAGUACAGCAGCUCCCCCCAUUCGGAACAGGCAGUUAGUCAGCAGCAUCGACUUGUUCUCACCAGUGUACCAGUUCAGCCCUAGCAUCUCGGUGCUCACUAUGAGCGCCAAAGAGCCAGGGUUCACUUUCAGCAAGUCUCUUGCCAGCCCUACUGAUAUAAUCCCAGCACUGCAUCCCAUACCUGAUAAGUUGUAUGUCUUGAUGUUGCUCCUCAUUCUGAACUUGCUCACCACCAUGGAAGAUAGUGACGGUGUGGGAGCAAACAUGGAGCUGUUGCAUAUCAGCACGUCGAUCCCUUUUGGAUUUGUGUCGGUUCUUUUUAGGAGAUUCGAGACUACUUGGAACAUGAUGGUCGAAGCUUCCUCGGUGCUGAAGGAGACUCCGUUUUGUAUGGGUGUCCGAGCAAGGGAUUCCGGGAUCCCAGUCUGCUCCCCGAACCCGGAUUUCUCCAGGAUUUUGAGCUGGAACGAUGUGGCAUCGGGGUGGAUGUUCUCGAGAUGGAGUCGCUCGUGGUAGAAGGCCAUGGGGGCUCGGUGUCCAGGUGAUGGCCGGUAGCAUGAGAAAUCGAGCAGGUAGAAUCCUGCUACUCUCCUUCUGUAUGUGUGGUACAGAAAGAGGGAGGCUGCUGUGGCUAGGAUGAUCAACUGGUGUGUCGUGAAGAGUGGGAGAUGUUGGAGUUGAUGGAGAAGUUGUUCUGGGUUCAUGGCUGUGAGGUUAAAAGUUGAACUGUGACAGAUGGUUUUGAGUUGUUUGACGUUGUGUGGCUGCUUCCAUUUAUGGGCUGAGGUUGAGGAGUGUGGCGGAAGUGCCACGGCGGGUAAAGAAGAGAAGGCGUCUCAGGAAGAGGUGGGAGUGGGACAGCGUUAUGCCUUUCAUGAGGUUGGUGCGUGUUAUUAGGAUGAAAUUCUGCACGCAAAAGAUGGACUCGAUGUUCCUAAGAGUCCUGGCAAUCAAUUUUUUUUUAUGUUCAUCCGGUUCUUCAACCGUUUCGUUAUGGUCUUGAGUAGUUGAGUUGUGCAUUUCUGGCGUACAAAGGAAUCUGUCUUUAAUAAAGAUAUGAAUUAUGAUGGUACUGUUGUUGUUUUUGGCGACUUGCCUUGCUCAAA